UUGUAAACAUCCACAACGACGAAAAACGCGCGAAAAUGUCAUUUCCGUAUAGGAAAACACUCGGACGGAAAUAAACUACGUUCUUCUAACAGAGAGAUAUUUGUAGCUAUAUUUUAUAUAGUUUUAACAUAAUGCCGUCAACAUCCGAAAUUCAAACGUGCGUGUCACGUAAGGCAAGAGAAGCCGAAGGAAAGGCGCUCCGUGAAGAGAAAAAAGUAACAGUCUCCUUGUUUAUUGACGAGCACGGGUAUCUGGACCAGAUUGAAUACAUUUUGCAAAAUGGGGUAAGAAGAGGAGACCGUACAGGAACAGGAGUAAUCUCCGUGUUUGGUCUGCAGGCCAGAUAUAACCUCCGAGAUCAGUUUCCUUUGCUAACAACGAAGAGGGUUUUCUGGAAAGGUAUUUUGGAGGAGCUGCUGUGGUUCAUAAAGGGUUCAACAAAUGCCAAAGAGCUUUCGAAAAAAGGUGUGAAGAUUUGGGAUGCGAAUGGCUCACGAGAUUUCCUUGACAAGAAUGGGUUCACAGAGCGUGAGGAGGGAGACUUGGGCCCAGUGUAUGGUUUCCAGUGGAGACACUUUGGUGCUGAGUACAGUGACAUGCAUGCUGAUUAUACUGGGCAGGGCGUUGACCAAUUGCAGAAGGUCAUUGACACCAUCAAGACAAAUCCAGAGGACAGGAGGAUCAUUAUGUGUGCUUGGAAUCCUAAAGAUUUGCCCCUGAUGGCCCUGCCCCCUUGCCAUGCUUUGUGUCAGUUCUACAUCUCAGAGGGCGAGUUGUCAUGCCAGUUAUACCAGCGUUCAGGAGACAUUGGUCUGGGUGUGCCAUUCAACAUUGCUAGCUACGCCUUGCUGACGUACAUGAUUGCCCACGUCACAGGGCUCAAGCCUGGUGAUUUUGUCCAUACUCUUGGUGAUGCCCACAUCUACCUCAAUCACAUUGAGCCUCUAAAGGAACAGCUUCAGAGAGAGCCUCGCCCUUUCCCGAAACUGAAGAUAUGUGGCACUGUGGAUCGUAUCGAUGAUUUCAAAGCUGAGCAUUUUGAGAUAUGUGACUAUAAUCCUUACCCCACAAUCAAGAUGCAAAUGGCUGUUUAAACAACACUGCCGCGUGGUUUCAGUGGAUAAAGUAACAGGCUUCUGAUAUUUAAAUAUUCUAUAAUUCUCAAUUUUACUGCAGCUUUAGAAAAAUACCUGAGGUUAAAAUAUUUUUCAAUCAGAAGUCAGGUGGAAUAUUGUCAAUAUUAUAAUCUAUUGUUGUGUGAAAUGUAUUUUGUGUAAAAUAGGAAGAAAUAAAAAUCAUACCAACUUGGAAAAACCUGAA